UUUCUAUCUGCAAUCUGGCAACUAUUGUAAGCUGUUUAGUGUUUUUCGGUGUUUCACCCAUGUUACAAAUUUAAUUUAACUAUAAAAUUAAUAAUAUUAUAACAAACUACUCAAAAUGCUUAUCAAAGUAAAGACGCUUACAGGAAAAGAGAUUGAAAUAGACAUAGAACCCACAGAUAAAGUUGAAAGAAUAAAAGAAAGAGUUGAAGAAAAAGAAGGAAUUCCACCUGCUCAACAGAGACUAAUUUUUAGUGGUAAACAAAUGAGUGAUGAUAAAACUGCUGCCGAUUAUAAAGUGACGGGUGGAUCUGUUCUACAUUUGGUUUUAGCUCUUAGAGGUGGAUGUGCUCAUCUCAGCUCAAUGUUUCGAUUUAGUGGUUUAAUGUGUACAUAGUGAUCUGCUUUUCAAAUUUCCAUUAUUUAACAUCAAAACUUGUUUUGGUAUUUCUUUACAAAAAUGCGUCCAAAUAUUGUGCGAAAUGUAUUAAAGUAAUCCUCACUAUCCUUCUGAAUUCAUAAUUUUACAAUUUGCUUUUUAAAAAAUAUAAAUGUUUGCAAGAUUUUGUUAAAUGCCUUUUGAAAUAUGGUCAGUUUAAAAAAGUGCUGUUUUACUUAGGAAUAUGUUCCAAAUUUUUGAGCUUCUGUUUGUAUCAUAAAAGUGGAGUAAUAAAAACAUUUUU